CUGCAGGUGCCCAGCUCUACCAGGUUCUUGAUUGUGUGACGGAAAGUCAUCGCUGUUUGCCAAAUGGAAUCGUCGGUGGCCAUGUGUGGUCUUCUUUGCCUGCUCUUCAGCCAAGCUGUGCCCAUGUGUGUGCCCACGGACUACACUCUGUAUGAGGAGAGACAUGAAUGUGACUUCUGUGUGGCCAUCAAUACGACCAUUUGCAUGGGCUUCUGCUACUCAAGGGACAGUAACAUGAAGGAGCUGGCCGGACCGCGUUUCCUUAUCCAGAGAGGCUGUACCUAUGACCAGGUGGAGUACCGAACAGUCAUACUACCUGGCUGCCCGCUCCAUGCCAACCCUCUCUUCACCUACCCCGUGGCCCUCAGCUGCCACUGUGGCACCUGCAACACAGACAGUGAUGAGUGUGCCCACAAGGCCAGCAGUGGAGACGGCGCCAGGUGUUCCAAGCCACUUAGACACAUCUACCCAUACCCUGGCCUGAACAACUACAUCCAUCCCAACUGAUAAUGCUCUCCCUUCCCUGGAUAGUUUGGCUGUCAUGACCAUACUCACCAAUAAGGGAGGCAAUGAGAAUGGUCAGUUCAAAACAAGUUUAUGGUCAGUAACCUAAUCAUUAUCAUAACAGAACAGCAUUGUUGUAUUCAUGUGUUUAUGGUGGAUACAGUGAGCUACAGGGUGGUGUAUCCUAUUUAUUGUGACAUGUAUUGUUGCUGUUGUGUUGGUAUGUGAAUAUGCCUUUUUGUUUAUCACUUUGCUUGCAAUGGAGGCUGAUCCUGGUAUUUCUGUCUGCCUCAUGGGUUUGUCCCUCCCUGUCUAUCCUGUCCAUUGACUCACUGAGCUAUUUUGUUUACGGUGAACCAAUUCCAUGAA